CAGCCAGAGAGUCGCUGAAACAAGAAAGGCAGAAGAGAAAAGGAACUGAAGGAAAGAAAACAACAUAACUUAUUAACUAUUGUUUCCAGGCUUCAGCUCGCUACUUUCUGAAGGGCAUUCUCAUCUUUAACUACUUCUGAAUUUGCAAAAAAAAAAAAAAACUAAACUAAAAUGGCAAACAGCAGCAGAAUCAUUGUCACAUCCAUCGUGAUGCUCUUGGCUUUCCUGGCCAUCAGUGAAGCGGUGCCAAGUCUGGGAGUGGAGCUCCACUGUCGCUGCAUCAUGACCGAGAGCAAACCCAUCGGCCGCCACAUCGCCAAGGUGGAGAUGAUUCCGGCCAGCUCCCACUGCGACGAAACCGAAAUCAUUGCCACCCUGAAGAAGACAGGCGAAGAGGUCUGCCUUGACCCCAAUGCCCCCUGGGUGAAGAGGGUGAUUGAGAAGAUCCUUUCCAUGAACAAAAGACGCUGAAGAGUUGCGGGACACAUGUUUGCUACACGAGUGAAUGAGAAGUGCCUGAAAGUAUUUUUAAUCAGGGAUCUAAAGCCCUUGCACUCAUUUCACUUUAAUAUCGAAGAACCACUGAUCUGAUUGUUUGUAUCAAACAUGUUAUGUUGUUUGCUAUGUAUUUCAUGUGUGUUAUAGCCAGUAACUGACUGUUUAUUGGCUGCUUCUGUAGUUGUUCAACAGCAUCUUUUGUUAACCAUAUUUAUUUAUGUAUUUAUAUGUACUGAAGUUCAAUUACCUAUUUUGAAUAAAUUAAUAAAAUAUUUUAUAUCAAAUUA